CACCAUUAUUAUACAUAUAUAUACAAUAUAUAUAUAUCUUUCUCCAUUCAAAAGGGCUCUGAUCUUUUUUCUCUGCAUCCUUUAAAUGCAUAAGUUUCCCUUUUUUACUAACCUUUUCUCUUCAAAACUAUCAUCCCCAUAAAAAAUCAAUCUCUCUUUUCCUGCAAUCCUUUUUUUUAUCAACCCUAGUGUAGAUCCUAAUAAAAAAGCCUAUAUUCUCUUUAUAACCAAGCACCAUUCAUGCAAACUAAUCAUAAGCCACUCAUGAUCUAAUCAAUCCACUUUUUCCCUUUUGUAUCUGGGUUUUUUCAGCCUUCCACAAUGAUGAGAACCACAGCUUUGCCUGAUCUAUCUUUGCAGAUUAGCCCACCAUCGGUUAAAGAAAUGGCCGAUGAUGGGUUGUCGAUGAAAUCUAUUUACAGUGAUAGGAGUUCAACUACUGAUUCUGGGAGCAGUGGGAGUGAUUUAAGCCAGGAAAAUGGGUACUUCAAUAAUCCUAUAGAGCCUACUUUGAGCUUAGGGUUUGAAAUGGUUCAUCAUCACCAUCAUCAUCAAUAUCAGCCACAAAUCUAUGGUCGUGAUUUCAAGAGAAGUUCAAGAACGAAUAUCAAUGGAGCCAAAAGAAGUAUUAGAGCUCCUAGGAUGAGAUGGACUACAACACUUCAUGCUCAUUUUGUUCAUGCAGUCCAGCUUCUUGGUGGCCAUGAAAGAGCAACACCAAAAUCUGUCUUAGAGUUGAUGAAUGUUAAGGAUCUAACCCUAGCUCACGUGAAGAGUCACUUGCAGAUGUAUAGAACAGUGAAGAGCACUGACAAAGGAUCAGGACAAAUGCAAACAGACAUGAGCUUGAAUCAAAGGUCAGGGAUUGUUGAUUUGGAUGGUAGACUAAUAUCACCACAACCGACACCACAAAGGACCCAAAGUGGUUCUUGGCUACCAUCAUUGGAGGUGAAUAAUUUGAGCAUAUCAAGCAAUGGGAAUGGAUUGACUUUACAUCCAAAUGAUGCUAAGGUGGAUGGAGACAAUAAAGUGCUUCAUGUGUCAAAUCCAGACAUGUUGCUUAACCUAGAAUUCACCCUUGGAAGGCCAAGCUUUGCUCAUGAAUCUUCAAAUGACUUAACUCUUCUCAAGUGUUAAAAAAACAUGUUUUUAAUAAUAAAAACAAAAGAAAACCAGCAAAUAUAUUGCUUUAUUUGUUGUUGUUAUUUUGGGGAUGAAAUAUCUAACUUGUAUGAAUAUGAACUAGCCUUGUUCCUGUUCUUUCAAUUUUGUCAUGCAAUGAAAAGAAAAACAACACAAAA